UCAAUUCCAACAAAUAUUUAAAUUCGUUCAUUAUGUCAACAUUUCUUUGCUCUUUGAAUUUCAGAAGAAUGCCUUAUGUGGUAAUACAAUAUAUCAACUCAGACAAGGAAGGUCGCUCCGAGGUGGUUGCAGUGCCUGAAAACUGGAUAAAAGAAAACAAAUUGUGGUGCCCGUUAUCGACCUACGUACACACCUGGAGGAAAAGUAUUGAAAAGCAGGUUGAUCCGAAGGAAAAUUGGAAGUCGUUCGACAUAGUAAAAACAUGGAAAACAACAGAAUCUUUAGAGGAGGCCAAUAAAAUUGCUGACGAUUUGAUAGCGGGAGAAGAGGAAGUGUCAGAAACGAGUUUGAUUGUACCUGUCCAACCGAAUGUAGAAAGAAUUCACCACCCUGAACAUUCAUACGAAGCCGUACUUAAGGAAUUGAAAAAACAACGGAAAUUCCUGGAAGCAAUAUAUCACGAAGUAAAAAAGGACAAAAGUAGUGCACGCGGCACGACAGACAUCGACGAAAUUAUUAAAACCCUUCCCUUCAAGACUGUAACGAACUUCAUUGAAACCGAAAGUAAAUUGAACGAAGAUGAAAAAUUUUGUAACACAAUGGUACGUAAGUAUGUAGGAUUAUUUCUACGAGUUAGACUGAUAUGCUCAGAUAAAUUUUAUUUCAUAACAUUUAUCUAUAUGUCUGCUCUGGUCAAAAUAUUUCAGAUCGAUCUGUUACGAAACUUCGGCGGAACUACAAAAGAAGAUUUCGUUAGAAAUAUUCUGAAAGCGUGCUUCAGCGGAGAUGUUUGCAGAGGCGUCAAUUUCACAGGAAAAAAUGAUAAAGUACAGCUUAAAGAAACGAGGUUUUACAGCUUAAUGUUGGUUGUAGCUAUGGAGAAGUACAGUUCCAAUGAUAUUUCCGGUGUUGUUAUGGAAUGGAUGAGAACGAAGGCAUAUAACUCGAAAAGAAUCCCUAAAAAGAAGAUAAAUCCUACCACACCGAAAAAACAGCCUACUCCGAAAAGAAAUCCUACUCCGAAAAGCAAGCAAAGAAAUGCUACACCGCAGAAGGGAAAAACGCCAUCGAAAGCGCACGCACGCCAUCAUUCUACGAAAUUGAAACGUCUUCAAAGUUUCCGGAGUCGCAUGGCUGCAAACAUAUCGAAUUCUGCAGAUGUUACAGUUCCAGAUGAGGUUCCAGAAUCAUCGAGUUCAGCACAGUCGACUUCUUAAUUAUAGGUUUUCGUGGUAUGGUUAAUUUUUACUACUUCUCAAACUCGCGCGCGACAAUAAAGGUACAGACAUGAGAGGAGCACGAGUGUGAACCUGUGAAGGCAAUCGUAUUCGAGUUAUACUUAACGAAGCACGUAUGAAUAUCGAAAUUGUUUCCGCAGUGAUGGGCGAUUAUUAAUCAGCCUAGAAAAUAAUAUCUGAGCGUUGACAGAAAUAUUCAUUUAUUUUCUUGUCAAAGCCAUCAGAGGCAAUUUUUAAAUUUUGAUAAUGCUCGCACUCAUCUCAUGCUCAUACCUUAAGUUAAUUUUUAAUUUUUCUUAUUCUCCUACAGUCCUCGAACAAUGUUGGUCCUCUUAAUGUUUAAAGCUUAUAGUAAUUUUAAGAAAUGAAAAAAAAAAAAAAAAUUGAACUGCAAACUCUGAAAAUUUUUGAAAAAUGUUGAUGAAAUCUUGAAAUGAGUGAUUCGGCAGCUACAAAGAAAAGAAUUUUUUAGAUCUUUUUACUUACACAUUUUGACAAGUCACUUUUGAUAAAGAGUAAGACAAAAAUGCGAGUAUAGUUUUUGAGGGGAGGUGGUGCUAAUAGUAGAUGUAAUUUGUUUAGGGAUUAGUUCAGAAAAUGUGAGCGCAGGUGUCGCGUUCUUUUGCGAUUCACGUUAUGUUCAUAGUGGAUUCAGGGGGGGGGGGGUAUACGUUAUACACUGCACAACGUAGUCCUCCAGCGAAUUAAAGGAUGGGCUAUACUGAACUUGACCGUAAACUUAUUCCCUAAACUUAAGAAUAAGACUGGUUUAUACUGAACUUAAUGUACGUUAACAUAAAAGUUGUCUUUGUUCAACUUCUAGGAUUAAGUUUAAGGUUACGGUUAAAUUCAGUAUAGCCCCUCCUUAAUUGGGUACGAUUUUUCGAUCAGUAUAUUCCCUCCCUCUCCUUUCAAUUUAUUGGAAGUAUAUUUUUAAAAUUUUAAAAACUGAAUCAUAAUCUGUACAUACAUAAGUACAUAUAGACACAUAUAUAUUUCAAUUACCAAAUCUAUUAAAACGAAAAAUAGCGCGAAAAGAAAUUUGUCGGCCAAAAAAUCAAGUGUCAGCGAAACGAUAAAUUAUCAAACAAUCAAAAUAAAUUUGCACACAAAAAACAAAUAUAUCUUGAGUAUUUAAACAAACGAAUUUCCAGAAAAUUCACACGACGAAUAGAAAUUUUGAUGGGUACGUAGAAGUACUGAACAAAAAGUGUAUUUUUCAAGAAGGCAGGAAAUAUUUAACACCUAUUAAAUUAAUUGAAAAAUUAUGCAAAAUCUAAGAGAACAUACAUCUAAUUCAACAUUUGUGAGUCGGCAUCACACGAUUCUGGAUCCGCCAUUACACGAGGAAUCAUAAAUGUGUUAGGCAGUUACUCGUAUGUUACCACUCUUAUGGGAUUUUUGACGCGAACGCGUGUAGAAGGGAAACCCUUAGUUUUCGUGCUUCAAAGCAGAUAUUUGGGAUGUAGCCCUAUUCUUACAAAAUGAGCGUUAGUUUUACGUUCUACAGUUCAGUGAAGCGAGGAAAAUGAGAAAAGUGCAACGCAAAAUGAGGGUAUAAAAUUGGCACAACAGGAAAAUUUCUUGAAAAUUUUUAGUCUCUUUAGUUUUUUGCAUACCUCGGAGAGCCAUACAUCUUAGCAAAAAUCUGGUGACAUUAUUUUGAAAUAGAAUUAAAUUCUCUACAAUUUCGUUGAUUUGAAAUUUUUUGCUAGGACGCACAUCCCUGAAGUUGAAGUAACACGUUGAAAUUUUUUUCUAGGAUUUUACUCAUGUUACUCAAACUUCAAAGACGUACAGUUUUGAAACUAAGCGUCCUAGAAAAUAAUUUCAUAUCAACGAAAUUGUAGAGAAUUUAAUUAUACUUCAGAAUAAUGUCAUCAGAUUUUUGCUAGGAUGUAUGGCUCGUCCGAUUUAUGCAAAAAACUAAAGAGACUGAAAAUUUUCAAGACAUUUUCCGGUUGUGUCAAUUUUAUACCCUCAAUUUGUGUGGCAAUUUUCUCAUUUUCCCCACUUCACGGAACCGUUGAACGUAAAACUAACGCUCAUUUUGUAGAGGAAGAGUAUAGGGUUACAUCCUGUGUAUCUGCUUCAAAGCAAUAAAACCGACAGGACAGUUUUCCUUCUACACACAUUUGCAUCGAAAAUCCCAUAAAUAAUUUGAAUUGAAAUCUGAAAAAAUUGAAAUAUAAUUAAAAUUACCUAAUUAAAAUAAAUAAGUACCUACAGAGUGGCUAAAAAGUUAGUGUUGAUUUUCAUAUUUCAAAAAGUGUUGGUUUUUUGUAAAAAAAAAAAUUGAAAUUCAAGCAUCCUAGAAAGAAACUAAUGACAUUACAUUGAUUGGAAAUUCAAUUUUCUGCAAUUUUCUAUGACAUUAUUUUGCUGUA